AUGGUCAACUUGUUAGCUCUCACAGCCAAGCUCGUCGCUGCUGCUACACUGGGCGCCACAGCCGGGCUGCUGCCUACUGUUCGAGCAUAUCCCUCGGCCAUCACUACCGACAAUGCCCCUGGUGCGAUCGAUCAGUUGCUUUCUUCGCGGUCCAACGCCCUCAACAACGGCACCGACUUUCUCUCCAGCCUGUCGCCAGGUCAACGUCAUGUCUUCUCGACGACGCUGUCCAUGCUCGAUUCCAACUUCCAGCCUCCUUUCAUCUUUGGUUCUUCGCGCUACACGGCCUACUACGCUAUCUCCCUCCUAGCCCGCAACGGUCCUGGCGACGCUGCUCUGGCCAAGCAGCUCUUCCACAAUGCGAUCGCUGCCCAAUGGAAGAAUGCAUCCGACAUUUGGUACGGUGCCUUCCUCGAUCCGAACCAACCCGCGCCAGGAAAGCUCAACAAGCCCAAGAUCUACGGUUCGUACGAUGCCAACUCGAAUCUCUUUGUUGCUACCGCCUUCAUGCUUGCCAUCGAGGACUUUGGCCACCUCAUGGACCACGACACCAAGAACGCUGUCAUCGAAUCGGGAUAUCGAGCUGUCGGUGGCGACACCUACCGCGUGUUCGGGAUCGACGAUGACAACUUGACUCCAGCUUACUCGAAUCCCUGGCUGAUGCGCUGCAUGGCCAUGUCGUACUACGGACAUCUCAAGAACGACGCCAACAUGACCAUGUACGCCGAACGUUACGCUGGCGAAUUCUACUCGCUCUUCGAUAUGUAUGACACACUCAGCGAGUUCAAUUCGGCGACCUACACGGGUGUGGCUCUCUGGGCGCUCAGUCUGGGUGGCUACCUUCCAUCCAACACCACCAUGGCCAAGCGGGCUGGUGACACCAUCUCCAAGGUCUGGGCCAAGACCGCCCAACUUUGGCAGCCGCAGCUCAACAGUCUGGGUGGCUCGUGGGAUCGUACGUACGGGUUCGGCUUGUCGGACUACGUCAACUUGCUCGGCUUCUACACAGCGGGUUUGGACGAUGGAUCCGCAAAGAAUUGGGCCGAGCCGUGGAAGCUCUCUGGCUCUCCUCACGUGUCGGAUGCCGCGUUUGCGCCGCUGAUGGCCAUCACCAGCAAGUUUCACGACCAAUACGUCUCGCAAAAGUCGCGCGAGUACUUGAAGCCCUGCAGCUCGGUCGGCAAGGUCGGUCGUUUGAUCAAGUCAAACGCAUGGUCACCGCCUUUCGAUGCCGACGUCAAACAGUACGGACCCCGCAAUUACACGGCAUGGAUCGGCGACAACGUCUCGGUGGGUGGCACAGAGAUCGACGAAGCAGUCAUCGGUGGUCCUGCCAAGAACCCUACGGCCUUUACGCCGGCUGUCAUGCUGUGGAAGACGCCAGACACCCACUCGCUCAACUACGCUCAACCCAAGGCUUCUUGGCUCUCGCUCUAUCCAACCACCCAAACCAUUUCGGCAAGCGCUUCAUCUUCCAACCUCACCAUCCGCUUCCCGCCCUCUCGAGCCUUCGCAGCCAACUACACAGCGCCAACUCAGAUGACGCUCAUGUUCGGCACCAGCCCACUCAACAACCUGCCCAGCGACUUUUUGGUGUCGUCCAACAGUACUAAUGGCACGCUUCCAGGUAUGGAAUUGUCAUUCAGCGGAAAUGUCGCCUCGGGCGCAGUGAACCGAUCGCUGACGUACGACAGCUCGAAGAACAUCAACGGCUUUUACUAUUACAACCUCACCUUUGCACUCGGCGGCCUGCCCAAAGACGCCGUACCCGAGCUGGUUGUCUCGUACAAGGUGGUGUAG